AUGGUAGCGGAGCGCGCCCGCAAAGCGGCAGCCGCCGGUGCCCGCGGCCCCGGGGAGCCGGGCGCGCCCGCGGCGGGGGCGCUGGCGGCGGCGGCGCCGGCCGAGCGCUGCGCGCGGCUGCCGAGCCCGGGGUCGUGCGGGCUGCUGGCGCUGGCCCUGUGCUCGCUGGCGCUCAGCCUGCUCGCCCACUUUCGGACCGCCGAGCUGCAGGCCCGGGUGCUGCGCCUGGAAGCGGAGCGUGGGGAGCAGCAAAUGGAGACGGCUAUUUUGGGACGAGUCAACCAACUGCUGGAUGAGAGAUGGAAGCUCCACUCUCGGAGGCGCCGGGAGGCCCUCCCGAAGCCGUCUUCAGGGUGUCACUGUCCGCCAGGUAAGGAGCUCUGCGAAUAGCGGACGAGGAUGGGGACAGG